AUGGCAUCUAACCCGCUGCAAAUCGCUGGACUGGUUCUUGGGUUCUUCGGCAUGGUGGGGACACUGGCCACAACACUUCUGCCUCAGUGGAGAGUAUCAGCUUUUGUUGGCAGCAACAUUAUUGUCUUUGAAAGAAUCUGGGAAGGGCUCUGGAUGAACUGCAUCCGACAAGUCAAGGUUAGGUUGCAGUGCAAGUUCUACAAUUCUUUGCUGGCUCUCCCACCUGCCCUGGACACAGCCCGUGCCCUCAUGUGUGUAGCUGUUGCCUUAUCUCUGAUUGCUCUGAUUAUUGGCAUCUCCGGCAUGAAGAAGUUUCAGUGCAAAGGCUCUAAUGAGAGGGUUAAAGCAUAUCUUGUGGGGACUUCUGGAGUUCUCUUUAUCCUGACGGGCAUCUUCGUUCUCAUUCCAGUGUGCUGGACAGCCAAUAUCAUCAUCAGUGAUUUCUACAACCCAGCCGUCCACAUAGGUCAGAAACGAGAGCUGGGAGCGGCACUCUUCCUUGGCUGGGCAACUACCGCUGUCCUCUUCAUCGGAGGGGGUCUGCUUUGUGGGUUCUGCUGUUGCAACAGAAAGAAGCAAAAGAACAGAUAUCAAGUCACUGGGCAUCCUAUGCCAUACACAGAUAAGGGACAUGGGACAGUGCUUAGUAAGACCUCCACCAGUUAUGUCUAA